CAAAUUGGUUUCAAGAGAAGUAGUGAAAAUAAUUGUAGUAGUUUGCGUCCGCAGUUUGAUCUACGUCUGGAGUUAGAGUGAUUUUUAAUCAGGGACCGCGGAACCGGUAUUGCCGGUAUUGCCCGAGCAAUACCAGAAAUCGGCGAGAGGAAAGACAUACAUGAAUGAGAAAUCACUCCGCCGUAAAUAAGCAUCGCAAUACUAGUUCAAUGAAAAAUGCCCAUGAAUGCUCUUCCCAAAGCCAGAUGUCCAACACCAUCUCUCUAAUCACCCGGAAAACGGUGUAGCUCAGCCCGGACGCAGUAUCGGGGCUGGAUACUAGUUCAAAACGAAAGCGAAAGGGGGUGGAUAUUUGUCUGUUUAUACGAAGAUUCAUUGAUAAAUUCUGCGUGCAAAAGUUUUCAAAGAAGAAAAAGACUAGUGAAAGUGGACAAAAUGAGUACUGCGGAUCAGCCGCGGAGGUCCAUUGAAGAUGACCAGGAGCCAGGCAAUGUUGCUGAUGAUGAUACAGGUGACAAAAUUGACCUUGCGGGUCCGUCUUCAUCCGCCUCAAGCGCUAGCAGUUCUGGACGACAAGGGAUGAAACGUAUGCGUCCUAAGGUCACACUUCACGAUUUUUUCAAAAGAUCUAAGACUGAGAAUAUCGAAAAGGACACUGAUGAUGUCGAAGAUGCAUCGGCGGUCGACACAAGCGUCCCGCCUACUGAUGUCACAGAAGCCGUUGACGAGAGACCGCCACGUGAAAUCAUUCUGUCCGUCGAGCCAUUCCACCCGAAACAAAUAAAACGUUCAGAAACGGACAAGGAAGGAAAAGCGAAAAAGAGAAAUUGUCAACUCCAGUAUUUUCACGACUUUCCGUGGCUACAUUACAUACCAGACAAGGACGUCGUCGUAUGCCAUGUGUGCACUAAAGCAGUAAAACUGAACUUAUUGGACGGUGUGAGACAGGAACCUGCCUUCACGACGAAAGGUUUCAAUACAUGGCAGAACGCCACCAAAAUGUUUCGCCUUCAUCAGAACUCGAAAUGCCACAAACAAGCCGUCGAGUGUGUGCGAGAGAUCCCGGCAAAGUGUCGCGACGUAAGCGAGCUGUUAGUUGAACAGACUGUGAAAGAGCGGGAAAACAACCGGCGAUAUCUGAGCAAGAUUAUCCAGAAUCUGCAGUUUUUAGCUCGUCAGGGGAUCGCAAUCCAAGGAGCGAAAGAGACGGAUUCGAAUUUCCAUCAAUGUUUGUUGCUCAGAGCGAAGGAUGAUCCUUCAAUCCUACAAUGGAUGAGUAAGAAAACCGACAAGUACACGUCACAUGACGUGCAAAAUGAAUUGCUGGAUAUCAUGUCACAACAAGUAAUAAGGGAUGUCGCUAAUCGCAUCAAAACGGAAUGCUAUUCUUUACUAGCCGACGAAUGCACGGACGUAGCGAAUAAGGAACAGCUGACGGUGUGCCUGCGUUGGAUCGACGAGAAUUUGAAUCCGAAUGAGGAUUUUAUCGGCUUCUAUCAUAUCCCAGACAUUUCGUCGGAUACGAUCGUUUCGGCUCUCAAAGACGCCCUCACCCGAUCGGAUAUACCAUUGAAAUCAUGUCGCGGGCAAUGUUACGACGGAGCGGGUAAUAUGUCCGGUGUGAAGAACGGCGCGGCGACGAAAAUCCAAGCUGAGGUCCCGCAGGCGCCUCUAACGCACUGCCACGGACACGCCCUCUCUCUCGCUGUACAUGACAUGUGUAAGCGGUCAGCUUCGAAAUUGCUGAGCGAGACGUUGGACACGACACGUGAGAUAUGCAAGCUGAUAAAAUUCUCACCGAAGCGACAAGGAGCACUUGAAAAGAUCAAGGGAGAAUUGGACUUGGAUGCCCCGGGAAUCAAGGUCUUAUGCCCGACCAGAUGGACGGUCCGCGGGGACAGUUUUCUGCGAAUCAUACAAAACUAUGUUGCGCUCGCAAACCUUUGGACUGAUUGCCUUUCUGCGAGGCUUGACAGCGAAACGAGGGCGAGAAUCAUAGGUGUCCAAUGUCAGAUGAAGGAGUUCGAUUAUUUUUUCGGACUCAAUUUGGGGAAUAUGCUCUUCUCCAUUACCGACAACCUGUCAAAAACGCUCCAGAAGACGAAGAUGUCCGCCGUUCAAGGCCAGCGGUUGGCAGAAUUGACCAUCACUACGCUGUCAAACAUGCGAUCCGAGCAAAACUUCAGUGACUUCUACGCUCUGGUGCUACAACGACGAAAUUCACUGGAAUGCGAAAUCUCCGAACCGAAAUUGCCUCGUAAAAGAGCGCCACCGAAGAAAUUAGAUGACGGAAGUGAGCCGUACCAUCCACCCGCCGCUGAGGACCGAUAUCGUACCAUGUACUUCAGCGCUUUGGACGACAUCGUGAUGGCCAUAACCGAACGAUUCGACCAAAAAGGAUUCAAGGUUUACCGGAUCGUGGAGGAAUUUCUUCUGAAAGCUGUUCGCGGAGUUGACUUCACAUCCGAAAUGGCCACCAUAGAAAGCGAGUACGGUACCACAGACGUAAAUGUUCGAAACCUCACUUCCCAAAUACCGAUCUUCCGACAACUUAUGGAGCAUAAGGAUGUCACGCAUUUCGACGACAUCUACAAGGAGGUACAGUCUCUCGAUAAACCCACUCGUUCGCUCAUCGGCGAGAUCGUGAAAUUGUGUGUGCUGCUGCUGGUGAAUCCGGCGACCGACGCUAUAGGCGAGCGGUCUUUUUCGACGAUGCGGCGACUGAAGACAUGGCUCCGGUCCACGAUGGGCCAGAAACGGUUCAACAGCCUCGCCGUACUCAGCGUUCAUCGAGAACGCACUGACAAAAUAAAUCUGGCAGCCGUGGCGAAUGAGUUCGUAUGCCUCAAUGAUAAUAGGAGAAGGCUUUUCGGCGAAUUCAGCGUUGCCGACUUCUGCUAAUAGCAAGAAUGCAGACGGAAUAGCGUCGAUGGAAUAAUGAUUGAACACGACCGUUAUAGACAGUCUCAAUUAUAUCAUUAUAUCACUCAUUACAUUACUCAUUAUUCUUAUGUUUGCAUUAUAUCACUGAUUAAAUUUCAUUGUAUA